AUGAAUUUCAGCAAGUCGGACGAUUUCAAAGGUCCGUCGCGUAACAGCUCCGGUUCCGUGGACGAGCUUGUGAUAACGUCGACAUUCGGGACGUUGCUGUCGGUGGUUUACAUCGUCGGGGUUUCGGGAAAUGUCUAUACGCUGGUGGUCAUGUGUCAUUCCAUAAGGUUAGCCACUUCGAUGUACAUCUCCAUCAUUAACCUGGCGCUUGCGGAUCUCCUUUACCUCUCCACUAUCCCGUUCGUGGUGUGCACGUACUUUCUGAAGGACUGGUACUUCGGGGAUGUGGGCUGCAGGAUCCUUUUAAGUCUGGACCUGUUAACUAUGCACGCGAGCAUCUUUACUCUGACAGUGAUGUGCAUGGAGCGCUACCUGGCAGUGACUAAACCUUUAGAUACUGUGAAACGCUCCAAGAGCUACAGAAAAGCCAUGGCGUGGGGCGUUUGGAUGUUAUCUCUCGUAUUAACUCUUCCCAUGACGGUCAUGGUCACUCAGACUACUAAAAAAGCGGCAGACGGAGGGGUGAAAAGGAUGUGCGCGCCCACCUGGGCACCACAGGCGUAUAAAAUUUACCUGACUGUAUUGUUUUGCACGAGCAUAAUGGCGCCAGGGUUGGUCAUUGGUUACCUGUAUACCAGAUUAGCCAGGACUUACCUGGAGUCUCAAAGGACAGCAAUUAAUAAAGGCAGCAAGCGCUCGCCAAAGCAGAAAGUUCUCAUUAUGAUUUUCACCAUCGUGCUUGUGUUCUGGGCGUGCUUUCUGCCCUUCUGGAUUUGGCAACUCGUGCCGCUGUACCACAAGCCGUUCAGUCUCGCAUCACACACGCACACGAGCAUUAAUUACCUCAUGGCGAGUCUGACCUACAGCAACAGCUGCAUUAACCCUUUUCUGUACACGCUCCUCACUAAAAACUAUCGGGAGUAUCUUAAAAAUCGUCACAAGAGUUUUUACCGCUACACAUCAUCUUUUAAAAAGCGCCCUCCGAGUUUGUACUCUUGGGGAAAGUCUGCGUCAUCUAGUAAUCAGUUUGAGUUCAACUCAGAGAUGCUUGUCAUGGCGCAGUUUAAGGUGCAGUGA